AUGUCUGUCAACGUCAACCGCAGCGUGUCAGACCAGUUCUACCGCUACAAGAUGCCCCGUCUGAUUGCAAAGGUGGAAGGAAAAGGUAAUGGAAUCAAGACGGUCAUUGUCAACAUGGUCGAUGUUGCAAAGGCGCUGAACAGGCCUCCAACAUACCCGACCAAGUUUUUUGGCUGCGAACUGGGCGCUCAGACCCAGUUUGAUACCAAAAACGACCGCUACAUCGUCAACGGCUCGCACGAGGCCAACAAGUUGCAGGACAUGCUGGACGGGUUCAUCAGAAAGUUUGUGCUGUGCGCUGAAUGCGACAACCCGGAAACAGAUCUGAACGUGAAUCCUAAGAAGCAAACCAUCGGCACUUCCUGCAAGGCGUGCGGUUACCGUGGCAUGCUGGACACCAGACACAAACUCUGCACCUUUAUCCUCAAAAACCCGCCCGAGGCUAGCGACAGUGGAUCCGCCACAGCCAAAAAGGAGAAAGAGAAGAAGAACCGCAAGAAGGACAAAGAGAACGGAUCCGGAAGUGGAGAAGCGGCCGUCCCUCCCGCCAGCGACGCUAGUUCGGUAACCCCUCGCUCACAUCCACUUGUGUUUUAGGACGGAGAUGAUGACGAUGACGACUGGGGGGAAGAAACCACCAAGGAGGCUCAAAGGAGGAGAAUGGAGGAGAUCAGCGACCACGCCAAGAAUCUGACGCUCAGCGAGGACCUGGAGAAACCGCUGGAGGAGAGAGUCAACCUCUUCUACAACUUUGUCAAACAAAGGAAGGAGAAAGGCACAGUUGACACUGCUGACAAGGAGAUUCUGGCCGAGGCGGAGCGUCUGGACGUGAAGGCCAUGGGCCCACUCAUCCUCAGCGAGCUCCUCUUUGAUGAAAACAUCCGUGAACAGCUCAAGAAGUACAAGCGACACUUCUUGCGGUUCUGUCACAACAACAAGAAGGCCCAAAAGUACCUACUGGGAGGCUUCGAGUGUGUGGUGAAGUUGCACCAAGUCCAGUUGCUGCAGAGAGUUCCCAUCAUCCUCAAAGACUUUUACGAUGCCGACCUCCUGGAGGAAGAUGUCAUUUUUGCCUGGGCUGAGAAGGUGUCCAAAAAGUACGUCUCAAAGGAGCUGGCCAAGGAGAUCCAUGCCAAGGCGGCUCCCUUCAUCAAGUGGCUGAAGGAGGCUGAAGAGGAGAGCGAGGGCAGCGACCAGGACGACGACCAAGACGACGACGAGAACGUCGAGGUGGUUUAUUCCUCGUCGGCCCGAGAGCUAAAAGUGGAGACUGUGAAAGCUGAGAAGGACGAGGAAGACAUCGAUAUUGACGCCAUCUGA